GCGGCUUGUAAAGUUGUGGCUCAGUUAAAUUUCAAAGGGGGGAAACACAAACAGGUUUUCACUGCAGGGCGGAUUUACCUCUUCGUGUGAGUAUUAAAGGGAGUCGAAGGGAAGGAAUAAGAAAAUCGGGAUUGAUUCAACCACAGUUUGGUGAUCUAAAUGGACUCUUUCGGAUUGAAACGACCGAGGGCGAUUUUGGAUGAUAUAAGGACAGAUUUCUUCUCUUUAGUAUGACGGUGAUGUUUGUUUGAAACGCCACCAGCCUGGAAAUUUGACUGAGGAUGACCGGCCUCAUGAGGAAGGUGCAGCAGGUGCUGUGCGUCCUGCUGCCGUGUAUUCUCCAACUCUGCAGCGCCGAGACGCAAGGAGUGGUUGUUUGUUAUGGCACCCAGAACGUCCUGAGCAUGACGGGAAACUCGGAGAACCAGUACAAACUGAUGAAGGAGAGGUACACCGGCUGUGAGAUUGUGAUGGGCAACCUUGAGAUCACCAUGAUGGAGCACUCCAGAGACUUCUCCUUCCUGCAGUCUAUCAGGGAGGUGACAGGUUACAUCCUGUUUGCCGUCAAUGAGUUUAGCCGCCUGCCUCUGGACCAACUGCGUGUCAUCAGAGGCACCAUGCUGUAUGAGAACCAGUACGCUUUGGCUGUGAUGGUAAACUACCAGAAAGACGGACAGCAUGGCCUUCAAGAACUGGGCCUGACUCACCUUACAGAGAUACUGGAGGGAGGAGUCAAGAUUAUCCAGAACAAGUACCUGAGCUACGCCCCGCAGGUGAACUGGCUCGAUAUAGUGAAGGAUGGAACAGCUGAUGUGAUGAUCGAGGGCAACGGGCCUGAAAAGCCUUGUGACAAAGCAUGUGGAGACCUGCCAUGUUGGGGUCCAGGGAAUGACAGUUGCCAGAUCUUGACAAAGACUGUGUGCGCUCCUCAGUGUAACGGCCGAUGCUUUGGUAGGAACCCCAGCGAGUGUUGUCACAGUGAGUGUGCUGGAGGCUGCACUGGACCCCUGGAUACAGACUGUUUUGCUUGCAGGAACUUCAACAACUCGGGCUCUUGUGUGCCUCUGUGUCCUCAGACACUUAUCUACAACAAGCACACAUUCAAACUGGAACCCAACCCCAAUGCCAAGUACCAGUAUGGCUCCAUCUGUGUGGCCCAGUGCCCCACUAACUUCGUGGUGGAUGGCAGCUCAUGUGUGAGCAACUGUCCGUCAGACAAAAUGGAGGUGGAGAAAAAUGGAGUGAAAAUAUGUGAGCCCUGUGGAGGCCUCUGUCCAAAAGCUUGCCGUGGCACAGGAAAUCCGACCAGACAAACUGUCGAUGCUCUCAAUAUUGACAGUUUUAUCAACUGCACUAAGAUCCAGGGUAGUCUGCACUUCCUGGUGACUGGGAUCAAAGGUGAUGAUUAUAAUGGUGUACCAGCCCUCGAUCCAGAAAAACUAAAAGUCUUCAACACAGUGCGGGAAAUUACAGAUAACCUCUGUAUCCAGUCAUGGCCUGAAAACAUGUCUGACCUGUCAGUCUUCUCUAACCUCCAGACAAUUCAAGGCAGAACACUUUACAAAGGAGUGAGCUCUAAAAGGAGCUACUCUCUUCUGGUGAUGAGGAUCCCCUCUCUGAAAUCCCUGGGGUUACGCUCAUUACGAAAAAUAAAUGACGGCAGUGUCUAUAUCACGGGAAACGACAACCUUUGCUACCACGAUACUGUCAACUGGACGCACAUCUUAAGCAGCAGCUCCCGCCCGCAGAGACGCCAGAAGCACAUUGACAUCAAGGAGAACCGACCGAGAAAACAGUGUGUUAAUGAGGGCCACGUGUGUGACCCCCUGUGCUCCUCUGAUGGCUGCUGGGGCCCAGGGCCAAACCAGUGUCUGUCCUGUAAGAAGUACAGCCGAGGAGGAACAUGUGUGCCCGACUGCAUGUUCUUAACUGGGGAGAGGCGGGAGUUUGCCACUCGAUCAGGGGAGUGUAUGCCCUGUCACCCUGAGUGUAAGGUCCAGGAAGGGAAGCAGACCUGCACAGGACCGGGAGCAAAUCAGUGUGUAGCAUGUGCCAGCCUGCAGGACGGUCCACACUGUGUCUCCUCGUGUCCUGAGGGUGUGAUGGGAGGGGAGGGAGUCAUCUUUAAAUACCCCAACAAGCAAGGCCACUGUGAGCCAUGCCACAUCAACUGCACCCAAGGGUGCUGGGGUCCAGGACUUAGAGACUGCGUGGGGUCUUCGCGGUACAUUUCUGGACAAGAAACCACAGCCAUUGUCCUGGGAGUGAUUGCCCUUAUCUUCGCUUCAUUCUCUAUCUUUGUGCUGACUGUUCUAUACCGCCGAGGUAUUGCCAUUCGUCGCAAGAGGGCUAUGAGGAGAUACAUGGAGAGUGGAGAGAGUGUAGAACCGUUGGAGUUUGGAGAGAAGGCAGCCAAAGUCCAUGCUCGGAUCCUGAAGCCCACAGAGCUGCGUAAGAUCAAGCUGCUGGGUAAUGGAGUGUUUGGAUCAGUCCAUAAGGGUAUUUGGAUUCCUGAGGGUGAUACAGUGAAGCUACCUGUGGCAAUAAAGACGGUUCAGGAUCCUGCUCGUCGGCAGACCUUCUCUGAGCUGACAGAUCACAUGAUGACGAUGGGAAGCUUGGACCACAUUAACAUUGUAAGGAUCCUGGGUAUCUGCCCGGGGGCCAACCUUCAGCUCGUCACCCAGCUCAGCAGCCAGGGCUCUCUACUGGAGCAUGUCAGGAAGCACAAGAACAAACUCAGCCCGCACAUGCUGCUCAACUGGUGUGUUCAAAUUGCAAAGGGUAUGUAUUACCUGGAGGAGAACAGGAUGGUUCACAGGAACUUGGCUGCCAGAAAUGUUCUCCUGAAGAACAAUCACAACAUCCAGAUCUCAGACUACGGGAUUGCAGACCUGCUUUACCCUGAUGACAAGAAGUACUUUUACAACGAGGUCAAGACACCAAUCAAAUGGAUGGCCUUGGAGAGCAUCUUGUUUCGCAGAUACACACACCAGAGUGAUGUCUGGAGUUAUGGUGUGACAAUAUGGGAGAUGAUGUCCUAUGGGGCAGAGCCGUACGCAACAAUGCGUCCACAGGACGUUCCUGAUCUGCUGGAAAAGGGCGAGCGUCUGUCCCAGCCUCAAAUUUGUACGAUCGACGUCUACAUGGUCAUGGUCAAGUGUUGGAUGAUUGAUGAGAAUAUACGUCCAACAUUCAAAGAGCUGGCCAGUGAAUUUACCAGAAUGGCCAGAGACCCGCUUCGCUACCUGGUGAUCAAAGAGGACAGCAGUCAACAGGAUUUGCCCCUGGAUGAAGCUGCCCAGCGGAGUGUAGACCUGGAGGAUCUAGACAUUGAACUGAAGGACCAGGAGGUGGAGGGGGUAGCGGAUGGCAUGAAUACACUAUCCCGCUACCUUUCUCAGUCCAGGAGCCUCAGUCGCCUCUCCAGGAUGGACACUCACAGAGUGGUUCUUAAUCCAUCAAGCGCAGCUGGAUACCUGCCUAUGACCCCAGGUGUUGACAACCCAGGACAGGUUGUGUGGCCGUCGCGCUCUAGACUUAACUCAGCCCGCACAGUGUCAGAGAGCUCUGAGGGCUGCGGCACUGCAGUGGAGCUGGAAAUGAAUGAGGACUUCUCUCUGGCAGGGAGCCUGAAAAGAAGACGUCAUCGUGAGGACAGUGCUUACAUGUCGCAGAGGGACAGCAUGUCCGGUGGGCCAUCAGAGACUCCAUCCCCAGACAUGGAGGAAGAAGACCAGAAUGGAUAUGUGCUUCCUGGAGACAGCCCAGAGAGAGAUACCCUACUUUCUUUAUCUCGAGUGCCACCUGGCAGGAUGGGCAAGUCUCAUUCAUCAGGCCUCUUGGAUGAUCCAGAUGAUGAAGAAUAUGAGUAUAUGAACAAGCAGACACCUGUCUCGCCCAGACACAACAGCCAAUGGCUGAGGCCAAACAAUAAACGGACCUCCUCCGUAUCGUCACAAGUGACAGCAUACUCAAGUGAUACCACAAUGUCUGUUGAGCUCAGGGGAGUUCACACGAGGAGCAAGGACAACUCUGAUUCAGAGCAGCAGGGGUCUAACGAAGUUGAAUAUGAAUACAUGGACAUCAGAGGUGGUGAGAAAGAUGAAAGCCCUCCAGCACAUGACCCACCUCCUCCUCCGACACCAGCAAGGACUGGAGGACAGGUGGAGGAUGAGGAGGAGGGAGAGGAGAAUGAAUACGUGGAGGACAGUAACUACCAUUACACCAACAGACAGCCGAAGCUCGGACAAGCUCUUCGAGACAGGAAGGAGCUGAAGAUACAGGGGAGAGAUGAAGGAGAGGCGUACGAGUACGAGGACAUGGACUGCUUUGCUGCCCUGCGGUCUGGAGAUACGGUGGUGUACCAGAACAUGCAGAGAGAAGGGGAGGGAGCAGUGGGGGGCACAGAGGAACAUCGAUCUGGAUUUGAACCUUAUGUAAAAGUUCGAGCUGGAGUUGGGGUUGGGGAACCCGCAGCUGGCGACAGAUCUUUUGACAAUCCAGACUACUGGCACAGCAGGAUGUUCCCGAAGCCCAAAGCGGUGCCUACAUGAAGAACAUUGCAAAUCUCAUGAACUCCCCUCUGAGAUGUAAUCAUGAAGGACCUGACACAGGAAAUGCAAUCAAAAGCCACGUUAAUACUGUCGCCUGAGACAAGAGUUAAAAAAAACUCAACAUGACUUUUCCACAGCUUCUUGUCUAUUACAGGUUGACAUUAUAUCUUGAAUUUAGGCACCUGAUUUGGAGCAUUUCCAGAAGUAAUAGCACUGACUACCGUACUGAAAACAAUAACCGAAAUGAACAGAUUACAAGCUAUAUUUUUCUGUUUACAUUCUGAAAUGAACAAAGCAUGUUUCUGAGAACAAAUGCAUUUGUUUGCAGCUUCUGUCAAUUUUUGAGACCUCUUUGUGUGAUUAUAUAUGUAAAGCAUUUUCUAUACAAUAAAAAUAUUUUGAAUUGC